CGUAUCCCAUUUCCAAAUGUAUAGGUUAUGAUCAUUAAAGUGUACAUGUAGAUAUCGAUUAAUUAACUAUUAAAAUGUAUUUAAACUUCGUGAUAUUGUCAGCAUUAAUUAAUUUUUCCGUUUUAGCUUUUUCGAGCAAUAUAGAAUAUGAUGGUUGGGUUCACAUCAAUUUGCAGCACUCUCUAACUUUUACCGAAAAUCCGGUGUUUACAGAGAGAGGCAAUGUAACGAUACAAAGUUUACGAACGGGAACUUCGGUCGUUCAACAAAAACCACUUGCCCAAAGUGACAAAGUGAAAUUACGGGACUUAGCCGCUACAAAUAAAUUUUAUCAGUUAAAAUCGAUCGUCACACUUGCUGAUGGAUCACAAGUAUCCUUUCUCUCGACUGUGAAAGCUUGUAUGUUAGUAGAAUCUGAAUUGAAUGACAUUCUGUCGGUUUCGUUGGACUACUCAGGCAGGGUUAUUACAGUUACUUUAGCAGUUCCAUCGACAUCUACUUGUGAAGGUGCAGUUGUGCCAAUUGACAAAUUAAAGGAGUUCAGUACAAACGUGUUUGUUCGACACACUGAGAAUGGACCUUCACCAGACACUGCAACUUAUAUUCACAAACUGGAGCGUGAGAGAGAAGCAAAGGAGAGAGGUGAUGUUAAAGAUAAUCGGUCAUUUUUAGCAAAAUAUUGGAUGUAUAUCAUACCCGUGAUCAUUAUAAUGGUAAUAUCAUCUGCCACCAACCCUGAUGGUGCCGGUGCUGCUGCUGCACGAUAGUAACAUUUACUUCGUUUUGUUAUACCAUACUACAUUUACAUAACUUAUUGUAGUGUAAAUUUUGUUGUAUUAUAGAUAUUAGUGUAUGUUAAUAAUUUAAGUUUGGCUGUUAUGAAAAUUGUGCUUGGAUCAAAUUUAUUUACUUAUAAGUUAGAAUUUGUUGAAAGUAAAAAGAAUUCAAAAAUCUUAAAAA